GUCCAAUCAAAUGAAUGGUAGGUACGGUACCCCCAUUUUUUAGGAGGGUAUCGGAGUUGUCACCCCAAAUUAUUUGUCUACUCAUGGUUAUAUGAAUUAGAAGUAGAUGAGUAAUCUGAUUAGAAGGAUAGUGAUUCCCAUUUGUGAUGUCCAUAAUAAAACAGUCUUAUUUUACUAUGUAUGAUCAUUAUUUCUUAUACAUAAUGUACAAUUCAUGGAUAAGGAAAAGUUCAAUUCCUUAGCAGGGAACAAACUUCCAACGUUGAUUAUCGCCGCCAUUCCAUUCCCACACUCCGAUGAUCGUGCCACCAUGUACCCCACUGGACUCUUUGACGCAGCCGAAUGCAUCCAUGUUCAGCCGCACGUUAUUCUGCAAUCUGAUCGCUUUAUACUCUUCCUCCCCCGCCGCAGUCCACAACAUGGAUCCAUCAAGAAGCGCACCACGGUCAUACCGCAUAAGCUCCACCCGUUGACCGGCGCCAAAGGGGUGCUUGAGUGCUCUACCGCUGCCUUUGUUGAUCAGGAAAAAGCUGGGAAAACCGUUUUCAUCUUUGAUAUGGACGCUAAGGCUGUCAUCUCGGACCCAACCCUGGCGGGGGUCCGUCGGGUCAACGGGGGCGAGAAUAACAGUGCCCUCGUGAUCAGCGAGGGCGUAGCCGGAGUCAACCUUGCAGUGCACGCGAUAUAUUUUGGGCUUUGGUUGAAUAUCAACCGAGCCAUGACGGUCAGGCUGGUCAUGGUGAUAGUAGUGGUGGUGGUGAUGAUAAUGAUGUUGGGAAUGGUCCACAGCCUUAGGUUGGUCGUCGUCCAUUAUAGGUAUAGAUUUCAUUUCAAAAAUCCUACCUAGAGUUGAAGUAUGAUUUUAUACCGAG